ACCCGGAAAGCCAGUCACUGAGCUCUUGAUACCCACAAAACAUCCAUGCACUCUGCUUUUCACUCUGCCACUUUGAAUAGAGCCAGAAGAUGCCUGCCUUCUAAAGGACUUGAUGAUUUGGAGCCCACCACUCAUUAGAAGAAGAUGGGGAAUUCACUGAAAGCAGGCAGUUCAGAGGCUGAUAAAGAAACAAGAUACUUCGAUCCACGGCUGAAAGAUAUUGUUCUUGUUGUGCUUUAUGACUAUCCACCUUCCAAUGUGAGUGAGCCAGUAUUUCGGAUUGGAGAGAAACUUCGAGCAUUAUCUGAAGAGGGUGGCUGGUGGAAGGCCUGUUCAGUCACUACAGGAAAUGAAAAUUAUAUUCCAACCAAUAAUGUGGCCAAAAUUUACCACGGUUGGCUUUUUGAAGGUGUGGAAAGACACAAAGCCGAAGAACUGCUGCAACUGCCAAACAACAGGGUUGGUUCUUUCAUGGUGAGAGAAAGCCAAUCAGAAAGAGGUCAAUACUCGUUGUCAGUCAGACACAGAACGGUGAAGCAUUACAGGAUCUUACGCCUGCCCAACAACUGGUACUAUAUUUCUCCACGGCUCACCUUUCAGUGCCUAGAAGAACUGGUAAAUCACUACUCUGAAAGCGCUGAUGGACUUUGCUGUAUGCUUACAAGCCCGUGUCUUACACCUAGUACUGGCCUGAAUCAACCAAAUGACAAUGUGGUGAUGCGUCAGAAUCCUUUACACUCUGAAAACUUUUCAAGGUUACAGUGGACAAGAGAGGAUGGUGUGCAAGAUGACAGCCAUCUGUUGAGUUAUGGUGUGCGGAACAGCAUCAUGUCCUACUUGUCACUCACGACAGACAAAGAACUCACAUCAGUGAACAGCAACCACAAAAAAAAGAGCAAAUCUGUCUAUGGCUUACCACAAAAUGAUGAUAUGCUCUUUAAUGAUGAUUAUUAUUCAUCAGCUCACGAUCAGCUCUAAUUUAAUUACUAAUAAUAUAUAUAUAUAUAAUAUAUACACACAUACACAUAUAUAUUUGAUUCCAAAAAGGAAAUAAAACAGUCAUGAGAUACAAACUGAGAUCUGUUGUACUCAGCAAGCAAAGAAGAAAAAAGAUGAACAAACCACUAUUUUAUAUAUAUAGAUGUGCCCAUCUUUUUUUAACCUCCAGAACUCAUGAAAAACUGAUUUUACUGUGGCAGUUUUAAAACAAUAAGAAUAUGAAAGCACUUCAGUUUUCUGUUGGCAAAGAGAAGCAUAGAAAGGUCUUUGGUAAAAGUAAUAUUUAUAUUUGCUGAAAACUGUGUAAUUUAUUCUAUCAGGAAAUAAAGUGGCUUCAAGAGUUUAAUUAAGCUAUUUAAAAUAUGAACAUUUUGUUUAAUAAUUUGUUACUGAAUCUAUAUUCAGACCGAGGCACUAAUGUCACAAUUGGCCACACUUACUGAUCAUACUGUAUACUGCAUGUACUGUAUAUAUGAACAACUAGAAAAGAAAAUGCAGAUUCGCAGUUAUUGUUAAUUCAGUGUUAAAAUCUGAAUACAUUUAAACAUGUAAAUUACUGUAAAUAUUUUUCACAAAAGCAGAAAAAUAAGUCUGCUUAUUAUACAGGGGUCUCCAGCUCUGGUCCUGGAGUGCUACAAUGGCUGCAGGUUUUCAUUCUAAUCAUUUUCUUAAUUGACAACUUGUUUGCAGAUAAUUAACCCUAAUUAAAUCUUUGCCUUCAUUGUAACUGACGUGCUGUUUAAGACUCAGACCUCUUAAUUAUUUAUUUUUUCUUUAAUUAGCAACCAAAGAAUAAUGAACACAAAAGGAGCCAACACAUGACCAGCUAACCUGUGUCUACCAUACAAUAUAUGAAAGAAUGGUGGUAAUAUUAAUCUGCUCAGGUGCACAAAACAUUUUUACAGUGCUCUUAGAAAAAUGACAAUCAACAGUUUUGGAAAUAUCUGCUUUGGCAGAAUGAGAGCACCAACAAGCUAUGGAAUUAAUGAAGGGGUUCAAGAACCCAUUGUAGCUGGUCAUCUGUUGGCUCACUUUACACCUCAUUUCUGCUUGGGUGUUGCUUAAGGAAAAACUAAGCAAUUCAGAGAACCAAAGCUUAAAAAAAACAAGACAAUUAAAAUGAAGGGAAUGAAAGUUAAUUAACAGCAAAAACAGGUCAUUAAUUAAGAAAAGAGGUAAAAUUAAAACCAGCAGCCACUGCAACUCUCCAGGACCGAGCUGGAGACCCCUGUCUUACAGUAUAUGUAUUAAAUAUCUCUGCAUGUAAAUAUAAAGCUUGAGCUGUCAAGCUUUCUUCUAUUCUUUAAAUUGUUUUAGAAACUCUGCAAUCCUACUGCCAAAUCUGAAAUAAAGCGUGAUUUGGAAAGA